CUGAGCCGGGUAAGACAAGAAGGUAGGGCGAAGUUGAUAGAGGGAGGGGAGGGAAUUGGGGUAAAGUUGAAGGGAACAGGAGGAGGUAGGAGACAAGAUCCAGACAGGUUACAUUUUUACUGCUGUCUUGAAGACUCCAUGGCUCGCCUUCUGACCAAGACAUGUCUCUGGAGAGGAGGUAUCGCUACCUCCCCGAGUUCUGUUCUGCUCCGGGCAUACAGUGCAGGAAGCUCAGACACAGAAUACUUGCAGAAGAGCAUUGUGCCAACCAUGCAUUUCCAGAAAAGUCUGCCAAGGUUGCCAAUCCCCAAACUUGAAGAUUCUAUAAAAAGAUACUUGAAUGCCCAAAGACCUCUACUGGAUGAAGAGCAAUUCAGGAAGACUGAGCAGUUGGCAAGAGACUUCCAGAAUGGGGUGGGGAAGCAGCUUCAUGAGGAACUGCUGUUGCAGGACAAGCAGAACAAGCACACAAGUUACAUUUCUGGUCCCUGGUUUGAUAUGUACCUGUGUGCCCGCGAGCCCAUCGUGCUUAAUUCUAACCCAUUCAUGUCCUUUACUCCCGACCCUAAGACAGAAUACAACAAUCAACUAAUCAGAGCCACUAACAUGGUUGUAUCCGCCAUGCGUUUCUUAAAAACCAUUCGGGCCGGGCAACUAGAGCCUGAGAUUUUCCAUCUCAAUCCGGCGAAAAGCGACACACAGACAUUUAAGAGGAUCAUCCGCUUUGUGCCAUCCUCUCUGUCAUGGUAUGGUGCAUACUUGGUGAAUGCAUACCCAUUAGAUAUGUCACAAUAUUUUAGGCUCUUCAACUCAACCCGCAUCCCGAAAGUAAACCGAGAUGAACUGGUGACCAGCGAAAAGGCAAAGCACCUCUUGGUGCUAAGGAAGGGGAAUUUCUAUGUCUUUGAUGUGUUUGACAAAGAUGGGAACAUAGUCAAACCUUCAGAAAUCCAGGCCCAUUUGCAAUAUAUUCUGUCUGAUAGCAGCCCUGUUCCAGAAUUUCCUGUAGGGUAUCUGACCAGUGAAGAAAGGAAUACAUGGGCACUUGUAAGGCAGAAGCUGAUUGACAAUGGAAAUGAGGAGGCCUUGAGAAAAGUGGAUUCUGCCGUGUUUUGCCUGUGUCUUGAUGACUUUCCUACUAAGGAUCAUAUUCACCUGUCACAUAACAUGCUCCAUGGCUCUGGCCAGAACCGUUGGUAUGACAAGUCAUUCAGCAUUAUCAUGACACAAGACGGGACAGCAGCUAUCAACUUUGAGCACUCGUGGGGAGAUGGAGUGGCUGUUCUGCGGUUCCAGAACGAGGUGUUUAAAGACAGCACCGAGAGGCCAGCAGUUUCACCGCAAAGUGAGUUAGCGAAGGUGGACUCCAGCAAGGCUGUACAAAAACUUGUCUUCCAUUUGAAUGAUUCUUUGAAGUCUGCAAUCUCUAGCGCCAAAAAUAAUUUUGAUAACUUGGUGAAUUCGCUGACCAUCGAGGCCAUGGAGUUCAAAAGAGGAGGAAAGGAAUUUCUGAAAACCCAGAAGCUCAGCCCAGAUGCCGUUUCCCAGCUUUCCUUUCAGAUGGCUUUUCUCAGACAGUAUGGACAGACGACAGCCACGUACGAGUCCUGCAGCACUGCAGCUUUCAAACACGGGCGGACAGAGACGAUACGACCAGCUUCCGUCUACACAAAGAAGUGCUCUGAGGCCUUUGUAAGGAAUUCAUCGAAGCCCAGCGCGGCUGAGCUCAGAAACAUGCUUGAAGAAUGUUCAAAGUACCAUGGACAGCUAACGAAGGAGGCAGCAAUGGGCCAAGGAUUUGAUCGGCAUCUUUUUGCACUGAGAUACCUGGCGGCCAGCAAAGGCCAGACUCUUCCCGAGUUGUAUCAAGAUCCUGCAUAUGCACAGAUUAAUCAUAACGUCCUCUCCACCAGCACUCUCACCAGCCCGGCUGUGCAGCUUGGCGGAUUUGCUCCUGUGGUAGCAGAUGGAUUUGGCGUGGGGUAUGGCGUCCACGAUGACUGGAUUGGUUGCAAUGUGUCCGCAUAUCCAGCACGCGACGUUAAGCAGUUUGUGCAGUGCGUGCACCAGUCAUUAGAUGACAUCUUUAAAGUCCUAGAAGAUAAGUCUGUGAAAAAGUAAAUAAAACAAGACACUGUGAUUGUAACCUGCUUUAAUAUUAAUCAUGUUUGCCUUUGUUGCAUUAUUUCACCUCUGAACAGACAUAGUUUAGAAAUGUUCACCGGUGGUGUUUAAAUUCACAGAAGUCAGGCAAGGAGCCACCUAGACACAAGUGCAUGUGUAGUAGGUUUGCAUUGUCAUUUAAUACAUAUAUAUGCAUUGAUGUCUAGGUGACUCCAUAAUGCAAAAAAAGCUAAUUGAAUUUGUAGAUCUACUAAGGGGUUAAGGGUAAUAAAUGGGUUGUAAAAUGUAA